AGGAUCCGAAGCUCAAAAAUAAAAUUGGGUCUGCCACUUCACUCCGAGUAUUUGCCGCUUUCAGAGCUGAUAGGUGAUGGUAAUAGAAGGUCAAUUUUGUUUGUUGGCCCUUCUGAAUCGGGGAAGGAGACGAGCGGCGAGAGGGUUUUCGUCGACGAUUUCGCAAGCCUUCUCAAGCAUUCUCAAGGAGGUCGCAAAUUUAUUUUCGCCGUGCGUCCGUACGCGCAUGGCUUGAGCAUGCACACAUUGCGCACCCACGACAAACAUUUGAAAAAUUUAGGAAAUGACGACGCCGUAGAAAAUGACGGCGCUGGCCGGGGAACUUAUUUGAGGAAGCACGAGGUCUUUCAAUUUCAAUCCCACGCGAGUAAGCAUGGAGGAAGACGAGAAUUGUGCCUCCUGUGCACAAAGUCCAGGUAGUGUUGGGCAUUUAGUGGCUUCAGCCAGUACUCAGGUUUCGGAAAUUUCGUGGGGCUCAUGUUUGUGCCACUGUGUGAAGAUCGAAGGAAGCGAAAAGGAGGAGAAAGUAAAUUUCACGAACACCAGCUGGUCUCGAGUGGUAUCUGCUGCCAAAAUUCGCCAGGACGGCACAUGGGCCUUUCUCUGCCAGGAGCAGUGUAGCACGGAUGAGAGCACCCCGCGUGGCUGGUACCAUAGGCGCUGCUAUGCAGCCUACACCCACAAGAAGACUCUGAGUCGUUUUGAGGGAGAGGAGAGUGGUGGCCUUGUCAGCAAUGUUGACGCAGAGGAGGUGGGUGACGCAGAUGCCUGUGAGGAUGAACCUCCCAAGAAGCGUGUUAUGACACGAAGCAAAGUGACAACCAUCGACAUCACUCUGUGUAUAAUAUGUCAACAAAAAACAAAAAAAAAGAACCGGAAAGCUGAACCGCUUACCCUCUGUUCAGAAUUCCGUGCUGGCGAAAGCCUGAUCCGUGCGGCAAAUGCACGUGGAGAUGAAGCAGGCCAGCGGAUUUUACUUACCCUCCAGGAGGGCAGUCCCGAUUGUGUAGCAUCGGACAUAUGCUACCAUUUCUCCUGCUACCGUAACUACACUCAUUCUAGCACGGUGGCAGCACUGGAGGCAAAGAAGACGACGGCAGUUGCAGAAGACAAUGUGUACGAUAGAGCCUUUGAGUGGCUAGCUGUAUGCAUGGAGAAGGAGCUCUUCAGUGAGACAGAAAUACGAGCGAUGCGUAUGGACAGCCUGACGUCCAAGUACAGCGCCAAGCUGGCAGAGCUCGGAGCUGCAAGUCAAUACCGACGAUGGCUGCUGAAGAAGCGCCUGUUGGAGCAUUUUGGAAAACGCAUCAACUUCGUCCGUCCUGGUCCAUUGUCACCCGAGAGCGUUGUAAGCAGCUCCUUGACAGAAUCACAACUGCUACAAAUAGUUGGUGCAGCAGUAGCCAAGGCUGAGGCAGCCCAGCAGUGCGCCGACGAAUAUGCUGGAGAUGAUAUGGCGGAUGAAGAUGCACCUCCAGCUAUUGAUAGCAGCUGCAAGGUACAUGCCUUCCACACAGCCAUGGCUCUGAACAACGCCAUCCGUGAUCAGCAGCCCACAAUACCCACCAUGCCACAUGCCAGUGAUAUCGUAAAUGAGAAUGCGCCAGUGCCAGACAUCCUCUACAAUGUGCUUGCCAUGACCAUUGUCGGCCCUGAGAAGUGUGACAUUGGUGACCUGACGGACUCCCGUGUCCAUGUCCCUGCCGACAUCCAUUGCAAGAUUUUGGCAAUUGCUGAGGAUAUUGUGUAUGCUGCAACUCGUGGAUCUAUUCUGACACCAAAGCACGUAGCUUUGGCGCUUACUGUCCACCACCACACGAGGAGCAAGCACAUGGUGGAUCUUCUCAACCAGUUCGGCCAUGGCAUAUCGUAUUCAAAGCUGCGAGAAGUAGAAACCGGGUAUUCUCUCGAAGUAGCAGGAAGUUCCGCAGCCAGCAGUGUUGUAGUACCCCGUGGCAUUUCCCAGCAUGGAGGUGAUGUUCAUUUCUGCUGGGACAAUAACGACCUCAACGAGGAAACUCUGAGUGGCCAAGGGACGACACACUGCACCAACGGCAUUGUGCUCCAGCACUCGCUGCCCUUCCAGGACGAUCCGUGUCCACCAGAAAGUACGAGCCGUGCCGAGCCAGGUAACCAACGCCGACCGCGAAGUGUUGCCCCACCUGCAGUUCCGAGCCUAGAAUACAACUGCGGUGCGAGACCAAGACCUCCUCCAAUGGCCCAUCCAGUUCCUGAUGCACAAGGCUCGAUUGACCCAUUUCUCACUGUGGCAUCGAUUGACCUGAUUUGGUUCUUGUUGCGCGCAGACCAGACGGUAUCACCGAAGUUUGGUAGACCUGAUGACGAGUCACAACUGGUACCCGCAUGGUCCGGCUUCAAUGCUGAACUGAACCAGUCAACCGCGCCAGGGACACCAACAACAGUCGGUUACCUGCCGAUCAUCCCAGCAUCGCCUACAGCCAUGAGCACAGUUUAUGAGCUUGUUGUCCGGUCCCUCCGCACAUCGAAGAAGCUGAAUCAGCCACAUUGUAUCAUCACCGCCGACCAAGCAGUUUAUGCCAAAGCUGUGGAAGUUUGCUGGAAAAAUGCUGAGCUGAAGGAUGUAGUCCUCCGCAUGGGUGCAUUCCAUACGUCGUGUGCCUUCCUUGCUGUUCUUGGGAAGAGGUUUGGCAGUGCUGGCUUGGAAGACCUCCUCGUCGAGUCAGGCGUAGUUGGCAGCAAUGCGUGCAAGCAGGUGAUGGCCGGCAAGCAUUACAACCGCGGUGUUCGCCUCCAUAAGCUUGCCUUUGAGUGUCUGCUGGGAGUGAACUGGAAGCUGUACGAGGACAGCAUUGAAGGUGGAGGAGACACGGUGUCAAGCGAUCUUGAAGGAACUUUGUCAGCAUUGCGCACAUCUGGUAUAUUUGAUGGUGCUGAGUCAGUAACCAGUUCAUCCAGCUACCAGAAACUUGAGCAAGGGUACCGAAAGCAUGUUCAGCUGCAACGCACCAGCCCAGCAUCACCCAUGGCCCAGUUUUGGCUAACAUACCUCGACAUGGUUGGCCUGCUGCUUCAAUUCAUCCGAGCUACGCGGACAGGGAACUGGUCGCUACAUCUGGCAUGCAUAGAGAACAUGUUGCCAUGGUUCUUUGCAUACGAUCGACAGAACUACUCCAGGUACCUGUCGCUGUAUUGGCAACAAAUGCGUCAACUGCCUGCUACCAACCCUCCUGCCCACAAAGCCCUAUCAGGAGGUUGCUUCUCUGUUGCAAGGUCUACGAACAGCUUCUCGAAGGUGGCUGUUGAUCAGUGCAUUGAACAGACCAUCAACCGGCAAAGCAAGUCACAUGGAGGACUCAUUGGCUUCAGCCGCAACCCAGGAACUGUUCACCGCUGGGUGCUCACAGCUCACGAGCGAGCAGCUGUUGCAAGUGCAUGUAACGACCUCGUCAAAGCGGAGGACUAUGAUGGCACAGCACGUCCACACAAGGACAACACAGACAGCAGAAUGAAACGGGAUCAAAGCGACUAUGGGAAGCUCGAAAAGCGGUUGGCAGAGUUCAGCCAUCCGUUCCUUGGCGAAGAUUUGAUCAGCCUCUCCAGUGGGAAAGUCUGUUCUGCUCAAGCAACCUCCGAUCUCCUAUCCAGUCACACGCAGGGAAAGAGUGCAAUGAGCAAGUUCGUGGCAGACCGCUUGGAGAGUCAGGCAGUUGAUUUCUUCACACCGAUAUCACGGCUGAACCUGAAGACGUUCUCGGAAACCAAAUCUGCAGCAAAGAAGUCUUCCAAGACAACAGCGAUCGUGGCAGAUAGGAGCUUAUUCGGCCGGCUACUAGUUAUGGCUCAAUCAAGGUCAUUCGACUUGAAGGAACUCUUCCAGCAUGAGCUUGGACCAGUCCCAUGGGCCCUGGCCAACGCAGACGGAUCCCUUGUGAAGACUCCAAAGAGUAAGCUGCUGCUUGCUCUUGAGAAGAAAGUUGACCCACUGGAGUCAGUUCCGCGUGGUCCUGCCGUUAUGGUCGACGCGAUGGCAUUACUGCAGAGCUACACAUCUGCGCCACCGACAUUCGGACAGCUCAGCGAACAAGUCUUCAAGCAGCUAGUCUCCUACCUUCCAGCUACACCUCCAGCACGAGUUGACUUCAUAGCAGAUCAAUACCACACUGCGUCGAUUAAGUCGUGCGAGCGCUCAAAGCGAACGGCCUCAACUGAGCCCCUGCGAGUGGCAGUACAACGUCCAGACCAGGCUAUUCCUACUCAGUGGAAGCGGUUCAUGGCAAGCGGAGCGAAUAAGGCCGGCCUAAUCCAGUUCUUCGCUGACCAUUGGAGUUCUACACCGGAGCUCAAGGCAACAUUGGGUGUCAGUCGCAGUGUAUUCAUAACCGUGGGACAGCAGUGCUACGUGUUGCAAGAAGAAGAAGGGAAAUCGACACUUUCACGGCACCAGGUGUCCAGGUUGACCAGCAAUCAUGAGGAAGCAGACACCCGGCUGAUCCUUCAUGCCGCUGAUGCUGUGCAGCAAGGAUUCCCAGAUGUUGUCAUUCGGUCGCCAGACACGGAUGUAGCCGUGAUUGCCAUUGGCUCCGCUAGCAGCAUUCCCGGUCGGCUCAUAUUCCAGACUGGCACGCAGCAACGGAGGCGGUUCAUCGACCUUACCCAGCUGUCACAGAAGCUGGGCCCCCUGGUUUCGUCUGCAAUUGUUGGACUGCAUGCUCUUACUGGGUGUGACAGUGUCAGUUCCUUUUCUGGGAAGGGAAAGACUGCUCCGCUGAAGCUGCUCCUGUCAAGCACGCGACUGGCAGAGGCACUGGCGACUCUGGGUGUCAAUGCUACAUCGGAUGACCAGCUGCUUUCUGAAUGUGAGUGGUUUGCGUGUGCCUUGUAUGGCAAUCCUGGCCAGCAAGACAUCAACAGCCUGCGCUACCAAAAGUUCUGUGCGGCCACAUCCUGUGCUCCGCACAAACUACCGCCCUCACGCGACGCUCUCCAUCAACAUGUGGCCAGGGCUAACUACCAGGCCCACAUUUGGCGGAGCGCCACCACUGCGAUGCCAGAAGUACCGAGUCCAGUGGGCCAUGGCUGGCAGUCGGAGACUGACGGCACGCUUUCCAUCUCCUGGAUGCUGCAGCGCGUCGCUCCUGCUGACAUACUAAAACUGGUGAGCUGUGGGUGCAAGACAAGGCACUGCGUAAGUCAGCACUGUUCGUGCAAGAAGGCGUCCUUGGCUUGCACAGACAUCUGCUCGUGCUGCUCAUGCGCCAAUCCGUUUGGGGCCGUACUCGAACAGAACGACAGCUCCGGUGCCGCAGAUGUGGGAACAACUGCAUGUGAAGGCGACCAAAACAGUGAGAGCGAGGAAAGUACUGGUGCUGACGACUUUGAAGAGUCUGACUCCAGCUCAGAUUCUGAUGAGGAUCCAGAUCAGGAGUUUGACGACUCGCUGUAGACACUGGCAACUGCACCGUCCUCCCCUGGUCCAAGCCACCCAUUGUGUUUGUGAAUUAUGGCUAUGGCUGUCAACACACCUAACCUGUUCACACAUUGUAUAUAAACUGCUUGUACAUAGCUUGGCUUCUAAAGUGAUGACGCUAUCAUCCUACAUUUUAUUCCAAUUUACAUAUUAAACUGGGCAUAUUGUCCAUGAAUUGCACAGCACUGGACAUGUCUUCCUUACUACAGUUGUAGUAUUUAUUUAUUUCAUUUUCGAUUGAGUAGUGACUACAAUGCGUUUAUAUCAUUUCUAGUCUUCUCUAACUCUAAUUUAAUCGAG